UGCAUGCUGACGUCAAGGAAGCAGGCGUUCUUACACGUGAUUAAAUUAUCCGCACCGUAUAAGAGCGCGCCAGCCACAGAAGACUGUUCGUUCAUCUCUGACUUGACCCGGCUGUUCUGGUUCGAAAAUAGAUGGGAAAGGGGAGAUAUUAGUUACAGCCUUGAGUGAUCAACCCGUUGAAGGUGGUUGCCAUCGCGACGCGGCCGCGGGCAAGUUUCACUUCCGGGUUAGAGGCAGCGCGGGCGCAGAAGAGACCGGCCGAGCUUCGCUUCCGGGUACUUUUUCCCAGGCACCGCCAGCCUAGGCUUGAGAUCUUAGUUUAGGAGCAGUGACCCGACGCUGAGAGAGAGGCUUCCCCGGUGAGAAGGGACGCAGACUCCGGCGGAGACGAAAAGAUUCCGGGUCUAACCGAACACAAACUACUGACCACUGGCUAUGGCGGCCCUAGGUCCCGGCAGCCAGAAUGUCACAGAGUAUGUCGUUCGAGUUCCCAAGAACACAACCAAAAAAUAUAACAUAAUGGCUUUUAAUGCAGCUGAUAAAGUCAACUUCACUACAUGGAAUCAGGCCCGGCUGGAGCGGGACUUGAGCAACAAGAAGAUUUACCAGGAGGAGGAAAUGCCAGAGUCAGGCGCCGGCAGUGAGUUCAACCGCAAGCUCCGGGAGGAGGCCCGCCGGAAGAAGUACGGCAUCGUCCUCAAGGAGUUCCGGCCCGAGGACCAGCCCUGGCUGCUGCGCGUCAACGGCAAAUCGGGCAGGAAAUUCAAGGGCGUAAAGAAGGGCGGUGUGACGGAGAAUACAUCCUACUACAUCUUCACACAGUGCCCCGAUGGGGCCUUUGAGGCCUUCCCCGUGCACAACUGGUACAACUUCACGCCCCUGGCCCGGCACCGCACACUUACUGCUGAGGAGGCUGAGGAGGAGUGGGAGAGGAGGAACAAGGUUCUGAACCACUUCAGCAUCAUGCAGCAGCGGCGGCUCAAGGACCAGGACCAAGAUGAGGACGAGGAGGAGAAGGAGAAGCGCAGCCGCAAGAAGGCCAGUGAGCUGCGCAUCCAUGACCUGGAGGAUGAUCUGGAGAUGUCUUCAGAUGCCAGUGACGCCAGUGGCGAGGACGGCAGCAGAGCCCCCAAGGCCAAGAAGAAGGCCCCCCUGACCAAAGCAGGCCGGAAGAAGAAGAAGAAGAAGGGCUCGGAUGAUGAGGCCUUCGAGGACAGUGAUGAUGGGGACUUUGAAGGCCAGGAGGUUGACUACAUGUCCGAUGGCUCUAGCAGCUCCCCAGACGAGGCGGAGGGCAAGCCCAAAGUGACGCAGCAGGAGGAGGGGCCCAAGGGCGUCGAUGAGCAGAGUGAGAGCAGUGAGGAGAGCGAGGAGGAGAAGCCGCCUGAGGAGGACAAGGAGGAGGAGGAGGAGAAGAAGGCUCCCACUCCUCAGGAGAAGAAGCGCCGGAAAGACAGCAGCGAUGAGUCGGACAGCUCAGAGGAGAGCGACAUAGACAGCGAGGCUUCAUCUGCCCUCUUCAUGGCGAAGAAGAAGACACCCCCUAAGAGGGAGCGGAAGCCAUCUGGUGGCAGCUCCCGAGGCAACAGCCGUCCCAGCACGCCCAGCGCAGAGAGCGGCAGCACCUCCUCCACCUUGCGGGCAGCUGCCAGCAAACUGGAGCAAGGGAAGCGGACAAGCGAGACACCAGCAGCCAAGCGGUUACGGAUGGAUGCAGGGCCCCAGAGCCUGUCUGGGAAGUCCACCCCACAGCCGCCAUCAGGGAAGUCCACACCCAGCAGUGGCGAUGUGCAGGUGACAGAGGACGCUGUGCGCCGAUACCUGACACGGAAGCCCAUGACCACCAAGGACCUGCUGAAAAAGUUCCAGACCAAGAAGACCGGGCUGAGCAGUGAGCAGACAGUGAACGUGCUGGCGCAGAUCCUGAAGCGCCUGAACCCUGAGCGGAAGAUGAUCAAUGACAAAAUGCACUUCUCGCUCACCGAGUGAGGCACUGCCUAAUAAACAUGCUGCAG